AUGAGUUCCGGACUAGUCCCGCGGGACGGGGCGCGGGAGCAUGAACCCAUGCUCGGGGGCAGGUCAUCCACAGAUUCCGACGUGGAGGGCCGACCGAGCGACACUCUGCUGGCCAGCUCGGCAGAAUUCGAUGAGAAGGCGGGCUAUCGGCGUCCGGCCGGUCGAAGGUCUUUCAAGUGGAUUUUGGGCCUCACCUGCCUUUCGAUGCUCGCGCUCUUCGGCCUCAUCUUCCUUCAGUUUUUCAACGUUCAAGCCAAGGCGGCACCGCCGGAAGAGGCUCACAACGACGGAGACGCCCAUGCAGGCGAGCAGCAACAACAGGAACCCGCCCCUACACCAGAGCCGAUUCCAGAGCCGAUUUCAGAGGUGACCCCGACAGUCGCUACAAGCUUGGCCCCUACGCAAACGCCGGAGGUCAAGUUGACGCCUGAGCAGCAGUUCGACUUGAAGACUGGAUUCGAGGUCUCAAACGCGACGACAUUGCGCGAGUAUGUUUUCAACAUCACGCGACAGCUUCACUCCCCGGAUGGCUACGAGAAGUCCAUGAUCCUGGUCAACGGCCAAUCCCCCGGCCCUCUCAUUGAGGCAAACACGGGAGACACCAUCCGCGUAACCGUCAACAACCAGAUGCUCCAGGAAAGCACCACUAUCCAUUGGCAUGGAAUCGACCAGAGGAAUUCGGUGUUUAUGGACGGCGUUCACGGUGUCACUCAAUGCGCGAUUCCGGCCGGUCAAGGAUUCACUUAUGAGUUCAAUCUCACUGACCAGCGGGGAACGUUUUGGUGGCACGCUCAUGUCACAGUUCAGGUCACUGAUGGAUUGUUUGGCCCAUUGAUCAUUCAUGAUCCGGAUGAGAAAGUCCCACCUGUUGAUGACGACAAGCUUGUCAUGGUCGGCGACUUGUUCCAUGAAUAUGGAGGAAAUCUUCUCAACCAAUACUUGAGUGCUACUCCCCCUUGGGCUCCCAAGAAGCCAGGCAGAGAGCCUCCCCCGGACAACAUCAUCAUCAACGGAAAGAACACAUUCAACUGCUCCAGCUUAACCGAACAUGACUCAAGCAACAGCAAGGCUUCCGGAGAGCACAACAUGGCAGACAUGACAGACAUGAAGGACCACAAGGGUCAUAACAUGAAAGAGCACAACUCAGCGCGAGACCCAUCGCCAAAGUGCACAUGGGGCACUUUGUACAACACACGCGUCAAGAGCGGUUCAAAAUCCCGCCUCCGGCUCAUCAACCACGGCACCUCAACUCCCAUCUUUGUGAGCGUCGACAACCACACCCUGGAAAUCGUCGAAAUCGACGGAGUCGAGGUGCGCCCGAUUGCCACAACCCGAGUCUACAUGAAUCCAGGCCAGCGCUACUCCGUGAUCGUCACCGCCAACCAGACCGCCGGCAACUACCUCAUCCGCGCGGAUGCCGCCGUGAGGUGCUUCCACAUGUCGCACAAGAACCACAAAUCCGGUAUGCAUGGCACGCCCUUCGGCGCAACUGCAAUCCUGUCCUACGAUGAGACGGACGUCGGCGCCCCGCCGAUGGGCCAGGCCUGGAACUUGAAGAGCACGGCCAACCCUGGUAUCGGCAAGGAGCCCUGGGGAGACCAUUGCGAAGACCUGCCUUUCGGCUUGCCGAAGCCCAUGAGGUCGAAGACGGCCUAUCUCCCUGGCGACAGGAACUUCCACUACUUCACGUUCCGGCAAGACAAGGUCGGAGACGUGGUGCGCACGCAUGUCAACGAUACGCUGUACACGCCGUUGAAGGAUGAUGCGACCUUGUGGAAGGUACUGGAUCAGGACGUCUCGCCCGAUAACCUGAAUGCCGUGGUUCCGAAGUUGGAUUUCGGCAAGGACCAAUUCGUCCUCGUCUCAAAGGAUGACAAGGCUGCUCAGAUUGUCGUCAACUCAGACGCCAUGAUGGUCCACCCUUGGCACUUGCACGGACAAAACUUCCAAAUCGUCGGUUGGGGCCCCGGCCUGUUUGGAAAGAGCAAGACGACGUGGAACUUCGACAACCCGAUGCGUCGUGACACGGUCACGAUUCCUGGAUUCUCUCACGUUGUCAUCCGUAUCCUCGCUGACAACCCCGGUGUCUGGGCGUUCCACUGCCAUUACCUCUGGCAUGCUGAAGCCGGCAUGUUUGUCUCGAUAGCCCAGAGAAUGGGCGAGCUCUCAACGCUGCUUGGCUCACUCGACACCACGGGCAAUGUCGAAAACAUCAAGAAGAAAUUCUGCCCGAUCCCCAACGCCCAGGCAGCGCCGCCAGUUCCAGCUGAAUCAGCCAAGCCGGUUCAAGUUGGCCGUGUGUAG